UGACUGCUUUCGCUUUCCUCUUUUUCUCUCUUCUCUCCUUCUUUCCCGGUCGCUUCUCCCUUUCCCCACAAUGUCAGGGCACACCACCAACCUAAGGCUCAAGCUCCCCAUUGCCUGCCUUUCCCUUCAGUUCCUGACUAUUCUCCUCUUCGCCCUCUUCGUCCAGUACGAUGCCGAAACAAGCGCCAACCUCUGGCACGACGAACUGGCUCUCCGCAACAAGAGCCACCUGCAGAACGAGUUCUAUAUGCGAUACCCAAGUUUCCAAGAUGUUCACACUAUGAUCUUUGUUGGCUUUGGCUUCUUGAUGACCUUCAUGAAACGGUACAGCUUUGGGGGCGUGGCCUUCAACUUCCUGAUAGCUGCCUUUGCCAUCCAGUGGUCUAUCCUCAUCCAGGGCUUUUUCCAUUCCUUCCAUUAUGGCAAAAUCCACGUUGGAAUAGAAAGCAUGAUCAAUGCCGACUUCUGUGCCGGGGCAGUCCUGAUCUCUUUCGGAGCCGUUCUUGGCAAGACGAGUCCUCUCCAGCUGCUGCUGAUGACCGUAUUGGAAGUCACCCUCUUUGGCAUUAAUGAAUAUAUCUUACUUAGUCGCUUUGGGGUAAAGGAUGCUGGGGGCUCCAUGACCAUCCAUACCUUUGGGGCCUACUUUGGUUUGAUGGUGUCCAGGAUUCUUUACCGGCCUCAGCUGAAGAAGAGCAGAGAACGAGAAGGCUCCACCUAUCAUUCAGAUCUCUUUGCUAUGAUUGGAACUCUCUUCCUCUGGGUUUUCUGGCCCAGCUUCAACUCAGCGGUGGCGGCCCAUGGAGACGACCAGCUACGGUCGGUCAUGAACACCUACUUCUCCCUGUCUGCGAGCACCCUCGCCACCUUCGCCCUCUCGGCCCUGGUGAAUGGAGGGGGCAAGCUGGACAUGGUUCAUGUUCAAAAUGCAGCCUUGGCUGGCGGAGUGAUUGUUGGGACCUCAGGAGACAUGAUGCUGACCCCAUUUGGAGCCAUGAUUGCAGGGGUCUUGGCUGGCUCUGUGUCGGUUCUUGGCUUCAAAUUCCUUACGCCCUUUCUGGCCUCCAGGCUGAAAAUCCAUGACACCUGUGGAGUCCACAACCUGCACGGGAUGCCAGGAAUCCUUGGCGGCCUCCUUGGCGCGCUGGUGGCAGGGCUGGCAACAGCAGAUGUUUACGGAGAUGGCCUGGCAGACAUCUUUCCUCUUGUCGCCUCUGGGAAACGGACCACUGCGUAUCAAAGCCUCUUCCAGCUGAGUGGUUUGGUUGUCACUCUGGGGUUGGCUCUGAUUGGUGGGAGCCUUGUGGGGUUCAUCAUGAAGUUGCGGAUACUUGGAUCUCCAAACGACUCUCUCUGCUUUGAAGAUAAUAUCUACUGGGAGGUUCCUGAGGAUCAUCACAAUGGCUUCCAGCAUGUUGUGGUUGUGAGAGCCCAGGAGACAGACAGAGACUCAAGCGCCUGACAGAAUGCUGCCAUCUUCUACACAGCAGCAGGCAAAAAGAUGACAGCAAGGGAUCUGCCAUGUUCAGGAGAUCCCAGCCAUUAGGAGAUCUGCUCUGAAGUCAAAACACCACAAAGGUGGUUCCAGGGCUCCAGUCCCCUUAGAAGGCGGAGCCAGAGGACUUGCCAGAUGGUUUGCCUGUGAUGACUCUGUUUUGGAAAGGAGUGCAUUCUGCGUAUGCUCAGACACACUGCCUUAUGUGUUAUUACUUUGCAUAUUCCAAAGGUGAGCCAUGGCACUCUGAAAGAGGUUCCAGCAUUACACACUGAUGAUCCACCCUUCUCAAAUGAGGCCCCUGACCCUUUGGACAAGAGGGGGACCCUGAAGCCAAGAUGAAGAUGAAAUGGUCAAAUCUUCUACCUGAAUAUACUUGCCUUCACUUGGGGAUUUCUUCCACAAGACUGCCAAGGCAGUGCUCAUUUCCUGAAAGGCUGGUGGCUAACUACUGCCAUUUUUGUGGUGUUUGUUCAGCAUCCUGUGAUCCAAAAAUACAACUUGGCCUUUCAACAUAAAAUCCUUGGCUAGCAUGGUUGAAACCUAGGAAAGCAAACAUCAAGACAGAAAUGCAAAAUCAAACAGGGGGCACUACUUAGAAUAUUUGUAAUGAUUUGAUUAACAGUAUUUGUAUUUAAAUAGUGGAAACAUUUGUGUGAUGACUUACAUAUUUUUUUAUUAUGCCCUAAAUCCAUAUAACUGAAGUCCUGAGAGACCCUCUUGUGCUUCUUUCAAAUAUCUGUUAAAAUGACAGUCGUUUGCUUCAUUGGUUAAAAACAAAUGAAAAGUUUAGGAUGUCUGUGGUGACCCUCGGAACCUUCUGAAUGAGUAAUAAUGAGCAGAUUUAUUGUGGCAGACAUCUUUGCCACAAUAAAUCUGUUAUUACUGAGGAUGCCACAAUACUUUCUGUUGCAUUUGCUGCAGCAGAUAAAAUGCAAACUAACCCCUCUGAGUCACUGCGGCAGGGAUUUUCAAGAACUAAAUCUAUGGCCAGCAUGGAGGCCUGAUGCUGAAAUGAACCCAGAACUGAGUUCUACCUUUAGAAAACCCCCAGGAGUAUUUUUAGGAGGCUGUAGAGAAGCAUCAUGCUCUCCAGAAAAACACAGACCAAUACAGAAGUCUCUCCUGGCUGGAAUAUUAUUACUAUGUACAGUAUUCGAUUUAUAUACUGCCCUUUAUCAAAAGAUCCCAGGGCCGUGCACAAUAUUAAGAACACAUUUUACAGCAGUUUAGACAUUUGUAAAACAAACAAAUCGCUGCCAUAUGGCUUUGCCAUUUGGUAUCAGAGCAGCAAAACCACCACUAGAUGUAUACAGCUAAUAUUUUAUAAAUGAUUGGCUUGCACCUCAGCAAAAGCCUCCUUAAGCCAAAGCAGCUUCAGCAGGCCUCUAAGCAUCCUAACUCUACGGCCCUCUCUCAUCCCUGGCCAGUGGCCAUGAUGGCCGGGGCAAGGGACCCUCAUUUCUCCCUUUCCUGUUGAAACAUGGGGCUCCCCUCCCUCGACAUUUCAGGAGAGAGUCCGCCGUGGCUUGACUGAGAGGGGCUGUGAGGAGAAGGCCAUUUUGGCAGAAAAGUAGUAGAGAAAGGGAAGUAAGAAAUUAAAAAACUCAGAGAAAGAAUGGAAGACAGAUACCAAAGACAGCAAAUUGGGGGGAGGGGGGGAGGACAGAGCACGAUAUUUAAAGGAAAGCUGGCAUAAGCCUGAAUCGGGCACAUGACACUAAUAUCCGCUCAAUGUCCUCACACUUUUUAUUUGGUGCUGAAAUGGCUUCUCAGGCUUCUUGGGGGGGAGGGAGGACUGUUUAUGUACCCCGCAAAAUUUUGCAGUUGAAAACACAGAAAUGUAUCUGUACUGAUGUGGGGUGGGUGGGUCCACCCCAGGCCCAGACCGUGUCAUUAAGAACUUGGUGAUACCCCAAAGCCUGAGUUCUAGGAGUUCUGGUUUGAGGGGCAGGCUCCUUGGUGCUUUAUAGGCCCGGCCAAAGACAGCACUCUGCCUGAAGUGCAGAACAAGAUGGUGCCCCUACAUGAAGAUGGUUCCAUGUAGACUGGCCCUCAAAUCCUUACUUCAACAAAGGGGGUCUCUGCACCUGAGGCAGCAAGUCAGGCUGUGUACACAGGUCCAACAGAGAGGGACUUAGGAGGAACAGCUCCCCAGCACCAGCCGUCUGAGGCAGUUGCUUCACUUUGCCUAAUGUUAGAGCCAGUCCUGUUGCCCAACCUUUGCCUGUCUGUAGCUGACAUUUCUAAUGUCCUUGGCUUUCCAAUGUCAAGGUUUUGCAAGGGCUCUGUUUCAGCGGCAGAGCAUCCACCUUGCAGGCAGAGAAGGUCCCAGGAUCAAUCUCCACGCAGGACUAGGAGAGACUCCCGCCUGAGAGCCAUCGCUGCCAGUCGGUGUGAACAAUACUGACAGCUUCCAGUGUUCCUGUGCCAAACUUCCCACUUCAAUUUGACCUCGGCCUUGACAUGGUUUCAAUUGGAAGCACCUUGCUGGGCAAGGCUUGUGUUACUCUCUUGGCGAUGGCACCACACAGAUCGGAAUAACGGCGAACGAGCAAGGGCUGAGAUAAUUGGUGUGGAGGAGAGAUGACAGCACGGAUCCCGCUGUCCUUUGGAGAGUCCAGAAAAGGGGGAAGU